GACGGAGGUUUGACCCCUUCCUCCCCCGCCCCAUUCCUCACACGUGGAUGUUAAGGUCGUGGCGGGAGAUUAACGCGUGGGGCAUCCUGUGCUAGCGGCGGGUUCAGUCUUUUGUGUACGGAUUUGGACAACGUGAAAAUAAAAAAAAAAAGAUAUAUGUGCAUGAAAAACAGCACAUCGAAUUACAAAGAGAUUUCUAGCGCUAGCAAAACUAGUUUCGGAGAGAGAAGACGGGAGAUAUUUUCUGAGAUCCGACUGAAACGUGCUUGAAGCAGAUCCAGACUCUUGGGUAUUCUAGUUUUUUGUUUUUUUUUUCCUUGACGAUGGCCGAACGUGCGGAAAACCAGGCUGAUCCCAAAACUCCCACAGAAAACGGGACAAAUACACCGGAGCGCAUUUCAUUCAGUGCCAAACCCACGCUGGAAGACAUUCGUCGGCUUCAAGCCCAGUUCACAGAUGAACGAGACUGGAACCAGUAUCACCAGCCAAGGAACCUGCUACUGGCUUUAGUGGGAGAAGUGGGGGAGGUGUCUGAGCUGUUCCAAUGGAAAGGCGAGGUGGCAGAGGGGCUCCCUGAUUGGUCGGAGCAGGAGCGGAUGGCUCUGAGUCACGAGCUGAGCGAUGUUUUGAUAUACCUCGUGGAGCUGGCAGAGAAAUGCCACGUGGACUUGCCGCGGGCUGUGCUGGAGAAAAUGGAGCUGAACCGGAUCAAGUACCCGGCCAGCAAGGUCCACGGGUCAGCCAAGAAAUACACAGAGUACCAGGACUGAGCUGGACCGGACCGGAACACAAACUCCUUUUCAAGACAAAAUUGAGAACUGUGUUUUGUUUUUUUUUGUUUUGUUUUAACCUUUUUUUAAAAUCCACUCUCUCACCUCUUAUUAGCUUUAUUAACAUGAUCACCGGCCCCUCCCUUUAAAGGAGCGCUGUCCAUCUUUAAAAUCCAUUCUCUCACCUCUUAUUAGCUUUAUUAACAUGAUCACUGGCCCCUCCCUUUAAAGGAGCGCUGACCAUCUUUAAAAUCCAUUCUCUCACCUCUUAUUAGCUUUAUUAACAGGAUCACUGGCCCCUCCCUUUAAAGGAGCGCUGACCAUCUUUAAAAUCCAUUCUCUCACCUCUGAUUAGUUUUAUUAACAUGAUCACUGGCCCCUCCCUUUAAAGGAGCGCUGACCAUCUUUAAAAUCCAUUCUCUCACCUCUUAUUAGCUUUAUUAACAGGAUCACUGACCCCUCCCUUUAAAGGAGCGCUGACCAUCUUUCAAAUCCAUUCUCUCACCUCUUAUUAGCUUUAUUAACAUGAUCACUGGCCCCUCCCUUUAAAGGAGCGCUGACCAUCUUUAAAAUCCAUUCUCUCACCUCUGAUUAGUUUUAUUAACAUGAUCACUGGCCCCUCCCUUUAAAGGAGCGCUGACCAUCUUUAAAAUCCAUUCUCUCACCUCUUAUUAGCUUUAUUAACAGGAUCACUGACCCCUCCCUUUAAAGGAGCGCUGACCAUCUUUCAAAUCCAUUCUCUCACCUCUUAUUAGCUUUAUUAACAGGAUCACUGGCCCCUCCCUUUAAAGGAGCGCUGACCAUCUUUAAAAUCCAUUCUCUCACCUCUUAUUAGCUUUAUUAACAGGAUCACUGGCCCCUCCCUUUAAAGGAGCGCUGUCCAUCUUUAAAAUCCAUUCUCUCACCUCUUAUUAGCUUUAUUAACAUGAUCACUGGCCCCUCCCUUGACUUUUUGACUUUGUGUUUUUGUUUUGCAAAAAAUGUAAGAUUUGUGACAUUUAUUUUACAUUUUUAUAUAAAAAACCUUUCCACUAGAA